AUGACCAGUUCCGCUCCUCCCACCGACUACCAGCGCCUCGACGCCUGGAUCGACGCUCACUUCGACGAGGAGGUGAGCUUCCUCCAGGCUCUGGUGCGCGUGCCCACCGACACGCCGCCCGGCAACAAUGCGCCGCACGCGGAGCGCACCGCCGAGCUGUUGCGGGAAUUCGGCUUCGAAGCCGAGCGCCACCCGGUGCCCGCCGCCGAGGUCUGCGCCUACGGCAUGGAGUCCAUCACAAACCUUAUAGUCCGCCGUCACUAUGGCUCUGGCGCCGGCCGCACCGUGGCGCUCAACGCCCACGGCGACGUGGUGCCUCCGGGCGAGGGCUGGACGCGCGAUCCGUACGCCGCCGAGGUCGAGGACGGCGUCCUCUACGGCCGGGCUGCCGCCGUCAGCAAGAGCGACUUCGCGACCUUCACGUUCGCGGUGCGCGCGCUGGAGGCGCUCGGCGCCCCGUUGCGCGGCGCGGUCGAGCUUCACUUCACCUACGACGAGGAGUUCGGAGGCGAGCUCGGCCCCGGCUGGCUGCUGCGUCAAGGUCUCACGAAGCCCGACCUGCUCAUCGCCGCGGGCUUCUCGUACGAGGUCGUCACGGCCCACAACGGGUGCCUCCAGAUGGAGGUCACCGUCCGCGGGAACCAGGCCCACGCCGCCAUCCCGGACACCGGGGUCGACGCGCUGCAGGGCGCCGUCGCGGUCCUCAACGCGCUGUACGCACUGAACACGGGCUACCGCCGGGUGCGCUCGGGGGUGAAAGGCAUUACCCACCCCUACCUCAACGUCGGCCGCAUCGAGGGCGGCACGAACACCAACGUCGUGCCCGGCAAGGUGGCGUUCAAGCUCGACCGCCGCAUGAUCCCCGAGGAGGACCCGGCCGAGGUCGAAGCCGAGAUCCGCCGGACCAUCUCCGACGCCGCGGCCUCGGUGCCCGGGAUCGAGGUGGACGUCCGCCGUCUGCUGCUCGCGAACUCGAUGCGCCCGCUCCCGGGCAACAAGCCGCUGGUGGAAGCAAUCCAGACGCACGGCGGCGAGGUCUUUGGCCGGCCGAUUCCGGCGAUGGGUACGCCGCUCUACACCGACGUGCGGCUAUACGCCGAGGCGGGCGUCCCAGGUGUCGUCUACGGCGCCGGCCCACGGACGGUGUUGGAGUCCCACGCCAAGCGGGCUGAUGAGCGGCUUCAGCUCGAGGAUCUCAGGGGCGCGACAAAGGUCAUCGCACGCAGCUUGCGCGACCUGCUAGCUGCGGAGUAG